CCUCUCCCCUCCCCCCCCUCUGACCUGGAGAGCCUUCUCCUCUGGACGGUGAGGGAGCCCACCACCGUGGCUCUCUCCGUCAUGUACUCCCUCUCCUUCUCGCUCGGCAUCGUGGGUAACGCCAUGUCCCUGCGUGUGCUGACGGGUCGUCGUGGCAACAGGCGUCUGGCGGGUGCCAGCGCUACGCGGCUCCUCCUGGUGAACCUGGCUGUGUGCGACCUGGCCGUGGUCCUCGUCUGCAUGCCCGUCACCCUGGGCAACCACAUCUACGUCCAGUGGGUGUACGGAGACUUCCUGUGCCGGGCGGUGCCGUUCACCCAGGCGGUGUCGGUCUCUGCCAGCGUGCUCACGCUCACAGUCACCAGCAUCAACCGUUACGUCAGUGUCCGCUCGCCGCUUCGUGCCCGCACCCUCUUCACCCGCCGCCGGAUCUUGGCCAUGGUGGGCGUGGUGUGGGCGGUGUCCUGGGCCAUCUGCUCCCCGCUGGCAGUGCUGGCACGGAGGGAGGAGGUGGCUCUGGGCUCCCUGGUGCUGGUGGUGUGUCAGGAGGUGUGGCCAGGCCCCAGGCUGAAGCAGGGCUACAACGUGCUGCUGUUCCUGGCUCUCUACUGCCUCCCCGUCUCCUUCAACCUGGCCAUCGGCUUCCUGACCGUCCGCAGGCUGGGGGGCGGGGGGCACGGGGGGCCCUUCUCGGAGCUGGACCCCCGUAGCCAGGCCCUCCACUGUGCUCGUCUGCGAGCGCGGAGGCGGAUCGCCCGGGUGGUGGUGGCGCUGGUGCUGCUGUUUGCCGUCUCCUGGCUGCCCCUGUACCUGGCUGACCUCUGGAUCGACCGCGAGCGCCAGCGGCCGCCCUCUUGGCUCCUGCAGAGCCGUCCGUUCGCCCAGUGGCUGGGCCUCACCAACUCCUCCCUCAACCCACUCUGCUACUGCUUCCUGGGCGACAUCUACCGCUCCGCACGGCUCCUGCACUCGCGAUACCGGCAACAACGCCUGGCUCAACUCUGCUGUGGCCCCGCCCAAGGGAAGGAGGAGGAGGGUUGUAGCGACGAUGCUGUUGCCGUGGAUACGGUUUCGGUGAAAAGCCGGGGCGAUGCGGAUACCGUGGUAUCGAGCCGUCCCAGAAUGCUCGCCGGAUAUGGGGGGCGGGGCACGGGAGCGGGGAAAGAGGAAUGCAAGAUGGCUGACAGAGAGGGAGGGAGCUCUGAUCACAGCAUCUCUGAUUGGUUUAGCCAGAGUCUAUGUGAGAGCUCCCUAUUGGCCAGCCAGCCAGAAAAUCCCCUCACCCCAUCUUCACUGUCUGUCUCUGGGGACUGUGGACAGGGGGGGGAGAGGGUCAGGGCCCUGCCUUUAACAAGACAAUCUGGGGUCCAGAAAGAAGACACUUCUACUUUAAGAACACGAAAUGACACGUUAACUUCCAGGAGGUGCUCUGAAGAAGACAUUGUCCCUUUAAGACCAGGCUCAAGGGAGAGAGGCACACUGCCUUUAAGAGAACAUUAUGCAGAAAAAAAUAGGACACUGUCCCUUUAAAACCAGACUGUGAUAGAGAUGACAUUAGAGAGCAGAUGCACCUGUAGUGGCUUGGGGAGGUUAUCUGAUUGGUCAAAGGGUAGACUGCAAUCUAUGCUGUGACUGGACAAUGGAUUAUCCACAGCACUAGGAACAGCAAACCCUCACAGCAACUGUGUGGCCUCACUCAAUCUGUGGAGGACAGGGCCAAUUUAUGUAACUGUGGACUGGAAGCUGUCUCUCACACACACAAACACACACA